UUAGUGUGGAGAUGUACAGAAUCCCCUCUGUUGGCAUUUAUGUACGGGAUCAAUAAGGAACAAGAAGCCACUAUGAAGAAAUUGGACACCGCGUGGCCUCGAGAUUUGGAAGGCUGAGGUUGUCCCCCUCCCCCCACAGAAUCCUCGUCACCCUCAGAUAGCAGCCUUGCCUUGACUCUUUCGUCUAAAAAGCCCAUCUUUCCAAUCUUUCAAUAAUAGAAGAGCUUAGGCUGUCCAAAUUCCCCCACCCGCUCUCUCUCCCUAGGUUUGGCUCAGGGUUAUAGAUUGAGACAGAAAGUGCUCUGUUACUUAUGAGAUUGUAUUGAGGUGAGCCUUUUUGGGUUUUGGGUUUUAGAGUUGUGAACGUUUCUUACAAUCUAGACGGCUAUGGAUCAACCUUUUAGAGGAUUCUAUGGUUCUACCGAAGGAUUAAAAGCAGGUGAUGAGACCCUUUUGGCGGUCUUGAAUCAGAAUCUUAUUAACGGGUUCAAAAUGGACAGUACCUUUCUUGAUCAAAACUAUUCAAGAAUUCCUCUCUUGCCAGCUGAUCCCAUCCCUAGUAAUUUGGAACUGACUUCGAAUGUGAGCCCAGAGGGAGAUUCCCACGAGGACUGUGAUUUUAGUGAUGUAGUUUUGAGUUACAUAAACCAGAUGCUUAUGGAGGAAGAUAUGGAAGUGAGGACCUGCAUGUUUCAGGAAGCUUGGCUUCAAGCCACCGAGAAAUCAUUGUAUGAGGCCGCCCUUGGAGAGAUGUAUUCUCCAACACCUGAUUAUGGCCUGCCACCUAAUGUUUAUCAAAACCAUGACACCCCAGAUGGAAGUCAUGCUUUGAAUCACAGUGGUAACAAUUCUACUACUAGUAGUACUAAUGGUAACAACUCUGUGGAUACUGGGUGGAAUUUUUAUUUGGAUGAAUGCAGCUCAUCACGUAUUGUUUCUCAGUCUAGCUCUCAGUCAUCCUACAGCUCGUCUCUCAGCACUGGUAAUGUUGUAGAUGGGUCUGUUGAUUCUCUAGUCAGCACUUUUAGAGUUCCUGAAAUAUUUUGUAAGAGUGAGUCUGCUAUGCAAUUUAAAAGAGGGUUCGAGGAAGCGAGUAAGUUUCUUCCCAAUGGAAAUGGUCUCAUAGUUGAUUUCGAGAGUAAUAGUUUGUUAUUUAAAGAGCUGAAGGAAGAUGCUAAGGAGUUAGUUAAGGUAGAGGGGAAGAAUGAGUGUCGGCACUCCUCAGAUGGGUCGAGGAGAAAGAAGAAUCCUCAUCCUGAGUAUAUGAACUUAGAGGGAGGGAGGAGUAACAAGCAGUCAGCAGUCUAUAUGGAAUCGACUGUGACUUCAGAAAUGUUUGACAUGGUUUUGCUAAACUGUGGAAAAGGUGACAAUCCUCUUUGGGAAGGUUUGCAAAAUGGGAAUGUGCUGCAGAAUGGUCAGUCCAAAGGGUCAAAUGGUGGAAAGGCCCGUGGGAAGAAGCAUGGAGGUAAAAAAAAGGAUGUGGUGGAUUUGAGAACUCUCUUGACACUAUGUGCACAAGCUGUUGCAUCCAUUGACCAGAGGAGCACUAAUGAGCUACUGAAGCAGAUCAGACAGCAUUCUUCUCCUACGGGGGAUGGGAUGCAGAGAAUGGCCCACUAUUUUGCUAAUGGUCUUGAGGCACGCAUUGCUGGUUCUGGUACUCAGAUCUAUACUGCCCUCAUUGGCAGGUUAACAUCAGCUGCCGAUAUCUUGAAAGCUUACCAUCUGUUUCUUGAUGCGUGUCCUUUUAAGAAGCUCGCAAAUUUCUUUUCUAAUAAGACAAUUAUGAGUUUAGCUGAGAAAGCAACAAGACUCCACAUUGUUGAAUUUGGUAUUCUUUAUGGUUUCCAAUGGCCUUCUCUCAUACAACGUCUCUCAGCUAUGUCUGGCGGACCUCCUAAGCUUCGAAUUACCGGGAUUGAUCUUCCCCAACCUGGUUUCCGACCAGCAGAAAGGGUUGAGGAGACAGGGCGCCGCUUAGCAAAAUAUGCAGAGACUUUUAAUGUUCCAUUUGAGUUCAAUGCAAUAGCACAAAAGUGGGACACGAUCCAAAUUGAGGAUCUCAAACUUGACAAUGACGAAGUGCUAGUUGUGAACUCUAUUUUCAGAUUAAGAAACAUACUUGAUGAGACGGUGGCGGCGGAGAGUCCAAGAGAUAUUGUUUUGAACCUGAUCAGGAAGAUGAAUCCAGAUGUUUUCAUACUGGGUACCGUGAAUGGGGCCUUUAGUGCCCCCUUCUUUAUCACACGAUUCCGUGAGGCUCUCUUCCACUACUCUACUAUGUUUGAUAUGCUUGAGACUAAUGUGUGCCGUGAGAUUGAAGAAAGGCUGCUGAUUGAGAAGGAAAUAUUUGGGCGAGAGGCUAUGAAUGUCAUUGCAUGUGAGGGCUCAGAGAGAAUUGAGAGGCUGGAGACGUACAAGCAGUGGCAGGUCCGGAAUCUGAGGGCUGGGUUUAGGCCACUCCCUUUGAACCGGGAGAUUGUGAACAUGGCGAAGGAUAGGGUAAAAUCAACUUACCAUAAGGAUUUUCUGAUUGAUGAAGAUAGUGAGUGGCUGCUGCAAGGGUGGAAGGGACGAAUUCUUUUUGCACUCUCUUCUUGGAGGCCAGCUAGUUAGAGGCAUGAUUGCUAAUUAUUCAUUGAAGGUCAAGAUCAUGGGAUUGACUUGCUCCCGUUUGUGCUAUGACAUUUUGUUCUGGUAUUUCUGAUGCAUGAAGUCAAGGUUAAUUGGGAACAGAAUGUACGUUGGCUGCUUCCUGCCCCUAUCAUCAUGCUAUGAAAGACCUAUUCUUGAAUUCUAGGUGGCUGAACCUCUCAUUUUAUUCUGAGAUGAACAACGAAUGCAUCGCUUACCCUGUCUGCCCAAAUAUUUCUUGUAUCUCAAGAGCUACCGAUUUAUACCUCUAAGAAUGUAUUUAAAAAAAGAUCCUUGAGCAAGGUAAUAGGUUUAACAUAUCAUAUUUAUGAGCAGUGAUCAUGUCUAGGCCCCUCUUAGCAGUUUGUAGAAAAGUGAAGGAAUAUGAAGAAUCUCUACAACAGAAGAAGGAACAAUAUCUUUUUGUUCUUCUUGUACUUACAAAAAAAAAAAAAAAACAAUAUCUUUGUUGUUCUUGUUAUUUGAAGUUCUUGCUGACACUGCUUGGCAUUUUUCAGUAACUGACCAUCUUGUUCAUAUGGCUGCAUAUACAUCUAGUAACUUUUUUUUUUUUGGGUAUUGUUUCGUAUUUCUCUAUUUAAGGAAGAUGUGUGGUUUUCUCAUA